AUGGCGCGCCCGCCGGCCAUUAGCAUGCACCGGGCGCGCGGCGCGUCUGUGCCAAGCCGCCGCUGCAUUCGGAGCCCGGGCAGCGCCAGACGAGUGGCCCGCUCUGUCCCGGUGCCCUCCGGCCGCCCCCGGUGGCUUUCACGGUGGCCACGCUUGCGCCCUGGGCCGCUGGGUCCCGAGCCCGCCCGACGGCCAGGCUCUGAGCGUCCGGGCCCGCUGCGCCCGCCUGGCCGCUCCGGGAUGCACGUGAACUUGGAGAAAGUCACGGAGCACGCCGGCCGGGUCCUCCGCGGCAGGGCGUGGGCGCACGCGGGCCCGCACGCUCUCGUUGGCGUCCGGGACAAAGGUCUCCAGUGGCGCCAGCCGUGGACGCGUGACUCGAUCCUUCGGGUCACUCUUGCUUGGUGGGUCGUUGGAUGUAAGACUACAGAAGCCCGGAGAGCGGUGGGUCCGGGGUUUGGGGUUUCGCCAUGCGCUGGCCAGAGGCCGUUCCACCCUGCGAAGAGUUGCGGGAGCUGCUCCGCACUGCCCUGGGCUGUUCCUGCGCGCCCAGGAGCCCAACGCAAGUCACCCCGGACUUCAGCCAGCGGCCGCGGGCAUGCCAGCGCAGCGCUAGCGGCGGCCAAGACAUGGUCUGGCAGGGCGGUGGACGUGUGCGCAGCGGGCAUGAUCAAGGUUGGAGAGAACCUGGAUGCUUCUAAGGACCUCUCCCCCCCGCCCCAGGAAAGUAAGCACCUGCCAUGUGUAUCAGAAGACCCCCUACAGCCUCACACACAGGCACCGGCCUCUUCUUGACAACUUCCCCAGGUGACUCUUAGAACCCAACGGCCAUGUCCAGCUCAGGUCAGUGCAACAUUUUGGUUGUUUAUAGAACUCAGGGCCACCUACCCCAACCCUCCUGGAUACUGCUAUGGAUCCAUGUAGCCACGUGGCCCUGGAAGUCUGCAUAUGCUGGGUCUUGGCUAGGCAGUCUCAACUCCUGCCUGUCUCUUUAGGGGACUCUAGGAUGUCCAAGCAUAUCCAGGUGCACCCAGAAGGCUAAACAGGGCCCUCUCUCUCUGCCGCAGCCAUCAAGAAGGAGAUGGGGGAAGAUUGAGAUGGCCCCGGGACAUUUGUAUCAUGUGCAGUGUCACUCAGGGCUCAGUGGCAAAGGUCCUGCUUCCACCACUGUGGAUACCUUGUACUUAUGACAGGGGACCUGUGUACCUGGGAUUUCUUGUGCUCAGAGGUGGCAGCCAGCCUGGGCACUGUGCUCACACUUGUCCCUGUCCCUUGGAGGCAGACCCCAAGUAUAGCUUUGGACCUACCUAGAUGAAUCCAGGGAUUCGAUGUGGUCAUGGUCAAAGGCAGCCUCACCUGCCAGACUGCAGUCAGGGCUCCAUGCUGUCUCAUGCAAGCCAGAGCAACCUGCAUUCGGUCCUGGGACCCCUCUGUUACCCGUGCAUUGGUGUGUAUAGGCUGCCGCAUACCUGCACACGCUCCCUUGUUUUUGUGUCUGCACCUGGGGUCAGGCUGUUAGUACCUGAGAGUAGGGCAAACUUAGACAGCUAGGGAGGAGGCUCCAGGACUUGGCAGAUCUGACAGCACAGGAGAAGAGAGUAUGGGCAGAGGUGGAAGAGAGGCUGACAGAGCAUCUGGACACACCCUAAGAGUGUAGUUGUCCCAGGGAUCCCUAGAGACCUAGUAGCUCUGGUUCACAGAUGCUGGCCUUUCUUGGGUACCUACCCUAAACCACACCUGCAUGUGGUACCUCCAUCCUCAGCCAGAGGCAGCCAGCCUCCCGUUUAUAUAAUCCCUUCAGUGUCCCAUGGAUGCAGAUGGACCUCUAAAGUCCAGUGGUGCACCUUUUACAAGGGCUCAGGCUGGGAAUGUUCCCCUGGGUCUCUUGAGUCCUGGGUGCUAAUGUGUGUUGGAGGCUGGGCUCCAGGAGCAACGGUGGGAGUCCCAGAGGGGUCCUGGGUCAAGACAUACGAGGAAGAGUCUAGAAAAGAAAAGGAUGGCAAAGUAGUCAGUCCGGGCCCAUGACCCAGCCCCUACUUAGCACCAUGCACCCAAGAUGAAGCUGGAUGUAUGCAGUAGGUGCUUACUCGGUGCUAGUGUUAGUUUCAGGGAACCCCCCCCUUCCCCAUAAAUAAAAUCCUUCUUUCAAGGGGCUUCUGGGUAGAGAGAGUCAGUCCCAUCUCACCUGUGGCCUGAAGAUACUGGGCCAUGAGGACUUUGAGACACCGGCUUAGACUGGAGAGCCUUAGGGCUCUAGGGUUCAGAGGGCAAGAUUGGAAUUGCACCCCUUGAAUGUGCCAGACUGGAUCUGGGCCUGGGAGGGCUGAGCACAGGCAAGCCCUUGGCCUUGCAUCCUACCCAUGCUUCUGUAGCUGGCCAUGAAGCCCGCCAUGAUCAAUGUUUUCCCAGCAAGAAGCCAGCUGCAGGAGCCCAGCCCCGGCAAGUGAUAGCCACAUGGGUUUGCCUAGUUUCCGAGGAUGGCUGGUUUUCUGAAGGGACCUGCCUGUCUCAUAGGUUACCUCAUUAGAAAGAGAAAUGGAAGCUUGUGGGCAGUGGACUCGAAGCCCACUGGAAGUUAUAUACGGGGUUUCCAGAUUCCCAGGGUCUGGCACUCCCAGCCUAGAGCGCAGACGAGUGGACUCUCUGGACUGGGAAAGGACACAGAUUCAUCUGAUAGCCAGAAACUCUUAUAUGUUUUCAGACAAGGUAUCCAGCCUAGGCUGAUCUUGAACUCUAUGUAGUUGAGGGUGACUUUGAACUCUCGAUCUUCCUGCCUACCCAGUUUAUACAGUGCUGGGCACUGAACAUAGGGUUCAGUGCUUUCUAGGCAGGUACCCCACCAUCUGACCUAUGUAGCUCUAGAUCUUCUUAAAAUUUUUUGAAAGAUAUUUUAGAAAUUUAUGCGUAUCAGUGUUUUACCCUCACACAUGUAUGUAUGCCACGUCUGUGCCCACAGAGCCUAGGAGAGGGCAUUGGAUCUCUUGGAACUAGAGAUUGUUACAAACUUCCAUAGGGCUGCUGGGACUGGAACUAGGGUCCUCUGAAGCAAUGGCGAGUGUGUUUUUAACUGCUGAGCCAUUGCUCCUGCCCCAUGAUCUUUGUUUAGCCAUACUAAUACCUUGCAUUUAGUCAUUAGAGGAAAGUUCCAGUGGCUCUCCACAGUGUCAGGCUUCCUAGAGCCCUCUGAACAACGCUGUGAUUUCUCACAAUGCAACUGAGUCUUCCAUUCCUUCACCCCUAAAACAUGAAAACUCCCAUGCUGCUGUGUGGCUGGGAGUGGGGAUGGGGAGCAGAAUCAAACCACAGUCUCUCUGUGCCCUCCCCUUGAGCCAAGGAUCACGUCUGCCCGUUGUCACGGCGGCAAAGUGAAGCCUGGAGGGACUUACGGGUGCCCGGCACCUUCCAGGGACAGAGUGUUCACAUUUGCUGGGUCUCACGGUGAAGGCCUGUGACUUGAAAAUUUGAGGUCAGCACUAGGGAGGUAGAGGCAGGCAGAUCUCUGUAAGGCUAGACUGGCCUACAGAGGGAGUUCCAGGAAA